AUGCCCAAUCCAGUAAUAAUAAUAAACAAUCCACUAACAACAAACUAUGACAAUUUAAUUAAACAAACAAUCCCCAAAAUUAUAGGAUCAAAUAGGUUAGAUUUAUUAAUUAAAUGUGAAAUUACAAAUGUUACAAAUUUAAAUGAUAUUUUAUAUAAUUAUUACAAUUUAAUUAGAAAUGAGAUCAAUAAAUUAAAUUUUGAAGAUUAUAAUUUUCAAAUAAAUAUUAUUUUCAAUAUCAGUUUAGAUAAAUAUCGAACACUUAUUAAAAAAUGGAAUCAUAUAUUUAUUGCAGAAACAGAACAAAAUUUAAUUAAUUCAAAAUUACCAAUUCCUAUAUCAUCUAUCAAUUGUGAAUUACCACCUACAGAAUUAAGUUCAAGUUGUAAUAAAUCAUUUAAACAAUUCAAUACAACUGCAGUUGGGGGAACUUUUGAUCAUUUACACGAUGGACAUAAGAUCUUAUUAUCAAUGGCAUAUUUUUUAACUUCAAAACGUAUGAUUAUUGGUAUAACUGGGAAUGAAUUACUUAAAAAUAAAAAAUUUAUAGAAGUUUUAGAAUCUUUUCUGGUACGAAAACAAUCAGUUAUUAAUUUUUUGGAUAUUAUAAUAGAUGAUAACAAUUUAAGAUUUGAAAUCUAUGAAAUUAAUGAUAUUUGUGGUCCAACUGGAUAUUUACCAGAUAUAGAUAGUUUGAUAAUUAGUCAUGAAACUUUGAAAGGUGGUGAAUUUGUUAAUAAUUACCGUAGAGAUAUUGGAUUUAAAGAGUUAGAUGUUACAGCUAUAAAUAUUAUAGGAGAUGAAGAUAGUAAUGAAAAAAAUUCAUGGAGGGGGAAAUUAAGCUCCACCGACAUAAGAGAAAGAGAAAUGAACAAAUUAAAAAAAUUUAAUAGUAUAGAUUUCUAG